GUUUGACAUGCUGCUUGCUCGGGAAGGAUUGAGUGCGGAGCAGCUUGCACGGGAUCUCAAGUCUUUUGAAAUUAAGUAAGCCUGGCCUUCAGGGCUGGCCUUGAGGGAGGAUGAGAGAGAGAAAAUGCUACGAGUGCCGAGUGGGUGAUUGAGCUGGGCGGCCUGGUUAUGAUAGGAAGAAGCUACUGCUUUAUGCUAUAAUUUCUGGUUGUCGGCGUCAAAUUGAUCGGCUGCUCAAAGAUCUACCCACGCUUUUCAAUACUAUUGAAGAUUUCUUGUGGUUCAAACUUUCAUCAGUACGUGAUAGUUCUAGUGGAGCCACCUCUCUUGUUCUAAUUGAAGUUUUGGUACCCACAGUCUCGAUGAUCAUCAGGGUUACUUGAACAGAUUUGAGCCAUCAUACUACACAAAAUGGAAAAGAUCCCUUGUUUUAUCCAUAUGUUUUACUUCUGAGUAUUCAGUUAGUUCCUGCAGUCUUAUAUUUGUCCAAGGAAAUAGGCGAUGAAGGAUACAAUAUCGAUGCUGUACAUAUUGCAACUGUUUUAGCAGACAAGGGCAUUCUUUCUGAAGGUGCUGGCGCUAGCCAAAAAAUCGGAAUAAUGGAUGCUUGUGCUGAAACAGCUAGCAUAAUACGACAAUAUGGUUCAGUCUAUCUGCGACAUGGCAAUCUUGAGCUUGCUCUAGAAUAUUAUGCACAAGCUGCUGCUGCCAUGGGUGGUGGAGAGUCUUCAUGGAUUGGACUUGUAAUGCCAAUCAACAAAGACAACGGAAUUUAAUGAUGAAGCAACUUCUGACGAAGAUUUUGUUACGUGAUGGUGGUAUACUACUGUUGCUUGGCCCGCAAGGUGCAGGAGAAGGUGCUCUUAGAAAGUACUUCAUGGACUCGAAAACUCAGCAGCAGAUCGUACUUGAAGCUGCUCAUAAGUGUCGAGAAUCUGGGCUAUAUGAUAAAACUCUUUGCAGUCUAUAGAAAUUCACAAGAGCAUUGGAGCUUUUGCAAUGGCAUUAGAGACAAUCAAUAAAUGUCUGUCAGAGGCCAUCUGUGCUAUGUUGCGGGGUACAUUAGAUGGUGAAAGUCGAACUGCUGGUUUAAUUCAUUCUGGCAAUGAUAUAUUGGAUACAUUCAAAUAUUCUUCUGAAGUUAGUCUUCAGGAAAAGGAUCAAAUUGGUGAACAUCAGAUAGUAUUAAGACAACUGGAAGCGAUUUUAUUUGUCCACAGCUUAGUGAGAGCUGGCCAGCAUGUUGUUGCUCUUAGGGAGAUCUGCAAGCUCACUUUCCUUACAUUAAAUCCUCGCUCAACAGAUGUUACAAAUGAUGCCCUUAGGAAUCUCUCUCCCUAAGUUCUAGCAUGUGUCCCAGAUCUUCUCAAAGUUGCUCUAACUUGUCUGGACAAUGUGACUGACACCGAUGGAACACUUCGUGCCUUAAAGUCUAAGAUAGCAAGCUUUGUAGCAAAUAAUAUGACAAGGAACUGGCCACAUGACUUGUAUGAAAAGGUUGCACAAAGCAUAUGAUAAAUCAGCAUUGACUGCUGUCAUGGAUCAACGACAAACUACUUAUUCAGACCACCACCUUAUCACCUUUUUUUUUUGAGAAGCCAAGCACGAGCCAUGGCUGCUCACCUUCGAGCUUCUUCACCUGCCAUUCUCCCCCUCCAUCUAUGGAUUCCUCUCAAACUGGCCUCGAUUAUGACAAGAUGAGCUAUGGGUGUAAGCAUUAUAGGCGGUUGUGCAUGAUCCGAGCGCCGUGUUGCAACGAGAUCUUUCAUUGCCGUCAUUGCCACAAUGAAUCCACGUCGGAUGGGCAUGAACUUCGCCGCCAGGAUGUCCAGAGGGUUAUUUGUCUGAUGUGUGACACAGAACAACCUGUUGCACAAGUAUGCACAAACUGUGAGGUUUACAUGGGGGAGUACUUCUGUGGAAUAUGCAAAUUCUAUGAUGAUGAUGUGGAGAAAAGAAAGCAAUAUCAUUGUGAUGACUGUGGUAUCUGCAGGCUUGGUGGCAGAGAGAAUUUCUUCCACUGCAAGAAGUGUGAUGCCUGUUAUUCAGUGGAGCUUCGUGAUAAGCAUUUGUGCGUCGAGAACUCAUUGCGGCACCACUGCCCCAUUUGCUAUGAGUAUCUGUUUGACUCAUUGAGAGAGAUUACCAUUUUGAAGUGUGGGCACAACAUGCAUUUAGAGUGUUUUCUGGAGAUGAAGUAUAAAAAAUAUAAUAUGUGUCCAACAUGCAAGUCAGUGAUUGACAUGUUGAAAAUGUGAAGGGACUAAAUGAAGAGGUAAAAACCUUAGUUUCUUGGAUUAUUUAUUUUAUGCUAUAUAAAUCUAUUGAGGUGCAUAUAGACAAAGUUUGACAGAAAUGUAAAUUGACACAGAAUCAUAGUAUUCUUACUUUUCAAAUUAUACUUUCCUAUAUUCACAGGUGUAAGGUAAUGAAUUUAUUGCCUUUUAUUGAGAUCUGCUAAAAAAAAAAUGUAAUUAAAAUCAUAAUUUAUAUAUCGUAUAAGUAACAUGAGCAUAUUGUUUGGAUAAUCCAUACUAAGGAUCAACAAUUUGAAAGAGAUGGAUAGAUUUCUGAAUUUUUCUGCUUGCUGACUCAUCAUUGGAUGCUGAGUUUUUAUAUAUCACUCACAUUUCUCAGUACCCAAUUUAAAAUGGGUGAUGAUCCCAUGGACAUGGUGUCGUGGUAAAUAUUCUAGAACCAAGAUGCACAUCAUCCCCAACCGUCUGAUCGUCUAAAUUUAGCAGUUUCUAGAAUAAAGGGUAGCAUCUUUUGCCUAAUAACCAACUUAUCCUUAUAUUAUAUUAUAACAAAUAGCAGAAUUUAUAAACACUUGGUUGUGGAUGCGUCAUAUCUCAUUUCUAUAGUAACUAUGUAACCGUAUGAUUAUUGUUCAUCUGAAAUAAGUAUAUGCAACAAAAAUAUUUGAAUUGCUUGAAAUUACUUCAUUUGCCACAACACAACAGUAACAAUCCAAUACACAAUAUGUUCGCUACUCUUACCAGUGGGCCAUUAAUAUACUAAAGUACACAUUAUGUUACCUAACCUAUGACUUUAGACUAGGCAUGUGAUUUUGUAGGUUGCAAUGAUAAAUAUAAAGGAGAAGUGUUUUUAUCCACCAAGCAAAAAAACAUUUUGUUUCUAGACAUGUGAUUUUUUUUAUGAACUGAUUUUUCUGUACAAGGAUUGUCAAUGUAAAAGAGUUGCCUAUGAUUCAUCUGAUGCAGUUAGCAUUAACCUUGAUUCUUGUACAGGAACUACUUCUAAAUCUACAUCAUCUUGUUCAAGUCCUUGUUGUAUGAUGUACUUUUGAAUUCAGACAUGCAAUUUUUUUUUUUUUCCAAAUUUGAACUCUGAUCUUCAGUUUCAACUUCUAAUCAACAAUUCUCUCA